CCUUCGUGCAAACUCCGAUACCCUUCUCAUUAUGUGAACAAGUCAUUCGAUCGAUCAAUAAUUCAAUCGAAACAUAAAUUGACCUAUGGGGACGACGGGUGGGAGCGACAUGAAGACGGGAUUUGCCAAGCUGCAAGGUGAAGACUUCGAAUACUACAUGCAAACCUACUCCAUAAUGCUCGGCCGCAACUCCAAGAAAUCCACCGUCGACGUCGACUUAUCGGGCCUCGGAGGCGGUAUGAACAUUUCCCGCUACCACGCCCGCAUAUUCUACAACUUCACCCGACGCCGUUUCACGCUCAAAAUCCUCGGCAAAAACGGCUAUCUCGUCGAAGGCAUCCUCCACCUCUCUGGUACCACUCCCGUCAAGCUCGAUUCACAAGACCUCCUCCAGAUCGGCGACAAGUAGUUUUACUUUCUUCUCCCCGUGAGGAGUAUUCUCGGUGGAGCCCUUGCGUCGAGGCACCAU